AUGACAUCAAUACCCGCUCUCAUUGCGUUUUACCAUGUCACAGCGAUCGAAGAUUGGACGCAUGUUAAUAUAAGCGAAUAUUAUCGAGAGAAAUUAAAGAACAAGGAAUAUAAGUUUGUAAUGGAUUCUAUAAAAAAGGAUCUUGUAAAAGUGAAACCAGUUCCGAAUUUGAUGAAAUACGUCAAGAAAAAGCUCGAACGAUUCUUAACAAUUGGAAUUGUUCGACGCUUAGUGCAAGCUGAGACUCUUGGUCUACGAAAUAAGCUCUCCAACGGUGAUGAACUCUUGGUUCGACGCUUGGUGCAAGCUGGACUCUUGGUCUGCAGUGUUCGACGCCUAGUGCAAGCCAAUUGGGUUUCAUCAAAGAAUUUAAAAAAGGAUUCGGAUAUACGUAUGAAUAUUGAGCAUCUGCAGAUAGAACAACUUGCAACCGGAGAUUCCCAGAUUACCAACAACCACUGCAUAAGAAAUUACCAAGAUGCGAAUAAUGGAGGGGAUUCUUCCUCGAUUAAGAGGAAUCUUAGAAAGAGAAAAUAUGAAAUAAAUUAUAGUGAGUUGCCAGAAGAAGACUCAGACUCAGAUCGCGAAGAAACGAUUAAGGAUCAGCCACAAAAAAGGGGUAGAAACGAAGGAGAAAGCAUGACCAACGAUAGGUCAAGAACCCCAACUCGUCAAAUUGUAUAUCCUGCAAAUCCGAACUUGUUUAAUCAGCUAAAUAAAGAAAAACAGCGAGCUAAAACCACUUGUGAACCAAUUUGUUCAAACAUAAUCGAUACAACAAACAACCUUUUAAUGGAAAGAUUGAAAAUCAAACGUGAUUAUCCAUGGGCUUCUGUAAUAAACGAGGCCACAAAAUAUAUCGAUGAAUUAAUUGAUAAUUCUGAUACUCGCGAUAAAUUCUGUAGAAAGCUUCAACUUUCAUUUUUUCCAUCUGGUGAAACAUACUCAUUUAGAAAACACUAUUAA